GGGGAAUAGAAAGAGAAGAAGGCAAGAGGGAGAAAGAAGGAAGAAGAAGAAAUCUUUUUAUUUAAACACACACAGACGGACUUCUUUCAAGAGUGCUUCCCAAAACUUCCACCUUUUUCUCGUCGUCCGCGUUCUAGAUUCUGUCCUUUCUCCCUUGUUUAUCUGCGGUUUUUCCUCAACCAGUUGUAGACACAAUGAUUAAGCUCUUUAAAGUCAAGGAAAAGCAAAGGGAAAUGUCUGAAAAUGCCAAUGGAAGGGCACCUGUCAAGAAGCAAAGUGCAGGGGAAUUGCGUCUUCAUAAAGUUAUGGAGCUAAGGAAGUUCUGGUUGGUGAAUGGUGAGUGCAUUUCUCAUGUCAUAGAUAUCAGUGAGCUGAACCUACCAAAAACAACUACCAUAUCAUUCCCCAACGGAAAGGAUGACCUGAUGAACUUUGAGAUAACCAUUCGGCCAGAUGAAGGAUAUUAUUUAGGUGGUAUAUUUGUUUUCACUUUCCAAGUCUCCCCUGUAUACCCUCAUGAGGCACCAAAGGUCAAGUGCAAGACAAAGGUCUACCAUCCUAACAUUGACUUGGAGGGAAAUGUCUGUCUCAACAUUCUUCGUGAAGAUUGGAAACCAGUUCUGAAUAUAAAUACUAUAAUCUAUGGAUUAAAUCACCUUUUCACGCAACCCAAUCAUGAGGACCCCCUGAAUCAUGAUGCAGCUGCAGUCUUGAGGGACAAUCCUAAGAUGUUUGAAUCCAAUGUGAGAAGGGCAAUGGCUGGUGGAUAUGUGGGUCAGACGUUUUUCCAUAGGUGCAUGUAGCAGUGGUGAGUGGGUGACAUCGAGCCUCAGUUGAAAUAAUAGUUUCAAUGCUUCAAGCUCCAGAGGCUGUAAAUUUGGUCGAAAAGCAUCUCCACUAUGGCCAAUUUUCUUCCUGUAUGAAAGUAAGGCAUAUCAACUUCUUGGAAGCCCCCACAACUGAAACUCACAGAAACGUGUUUGAAUGCCCUGAUGUAACUUCAUUAAACGUUUGUGAUAAUGCAUGUGUUUUGUUCCACAGAUGUUUCAUGAUAAGCGUUUAUCAAAACGUCGCCAUGGCAUCACCAAAUCAGCAUUUUCUUAUCAUAUUUAUACAUACUUAUUAUAUUCACAAAAGUGGGUUUUAAUUUAUGUAUGCACCAAACUGUUGGGAGAAACUUCAUUUUAACACUUAUCCCAAUUGUUAAGCAUUUAUUCAUUCAA